AUGGCGCCGCGCCGUCUGUACAACAACGAACUGAGGCUGAGGAACGGAGCCGAGAACCUGCUACGAGCGACCCUGAACCCUGCGGUGAAACGCUCUGUGACUCUGGAGCUGAGCCACGUGAACUCGACUCUGCAGCUGCUCAGACAAGAACUGGAGGAACUCAACAGCUGCAUGGUCCCCUACCAGAGUGAGUCUGUGAACCUCCCCAUGAUCCCACUGGGCCUGAAGGAAACCAAGGAGCUCGACUUCAGCCUCUGCAUCAAGGACUUCAUCAGUGAGAUCUAUGGAGAGGAGAGCUCUGAGUUUGAGUCUGAGAUACAAGAUCUGAACCAGCUCCGACAGGCGGUGACGUCUCCUCUUCGCUGUGACUCGGGUCUGGACCUGAUGUUGAAGUAUUAUAAUCAGCUUUACUUCGUGGACCAGCGAUUCUGCAAACCUCAGAGCCACAUGGGGGCGCUGUUCCUCUGGUACGAUUCCCUGACCGGCGUUCCCUCGACCCAGAAGUCGUUGGCGUUUGAAAAGGGAAGUGUUCUGUUCAACUUGGCGGCUCUGAACUCUCAGAUCGGAGCCAGACAGAACCGGACCGACCCGACCGGCACCGAGACGGCCGCCACAGCCUUCAGGAGGGCAGCAGGAGCGUUCUUGUACCUGAGGGAGAACUUCUGUAAUGCUCCGAGCCUCGAUAUGUCCGAGCCGUGUCUGUGGACCCUGCAGCUGCUCAUGACGGCGCAGGCUCGUGAAUGUGUCCACGAACGCUCCGCCCACAGCUACAGCCCCGCCCACAGCCCCUCCCACAGCCCACAGACCCUGCAGCUGCUCCGGCUCGCUCAGGAGGCCGCUGCGGUGUCGGAGCAGUACUUGCAGGCGUUUGUCGCCAUGGCACAGCCUGUGAUGAAGUCGUUUGUUCCGUUCUCGUGGUCGUCGAUGGUUCAGCUCAAACUGCAGCGUUUCAAAUCUCUGUCCCACUUUUACUGCGGCCGCGCCCUGGAACAGAGCUCAGAACUGACCCUGUGUUUGUGUCGUUCAGACGACGACCUCGAGGUUUUGCUCCAGUUUUACUCCCACUGCCCAACGACCACCAGCGUCCUGCUGAGGGCGCCACAGGGCCGACAAACACUCUGUAAGUCUCACCUGCGCAGCGCUGUGAUGGGGCUGGAGGAGUCCUUGCGGCUGUUCAGUUCAUGUAAAGUCUUGAGGAAGAUGGAUGCCCUUCGGGAGGUCCUGACCUCGGACCACAGACGAGUCUUGGACCGGUACUCGGACCUGGACCAAGAGGACGAUUUCACUGAGACCAGAGACGCUCCGGAGAUUCGCCCUCACAGUGACCACGGUCCAGCUCACAGUGACCACGGUCCAGCUCACAGUGACCACGGUCCAGCUCACAGUGACCACGGUCCAGACCCGAUCCCGCCGGACUUCUCCUCGGUUCAGGUCUCGGACCUGUUCCACCGACUGGGUCCUCUGUGCGUGUUCUCAGCGCGCUCUGGAUGGGGGCCCCUCCGGACGCUGCUCGUGCCCCAGACGAGAGGCUCGACUCUGGGCCUGACGCUGAGAGGAGACGCCCCGGUGCUGGUCCACGCCCUGGUGCCCGGAGGAGCUGCUCGUCUGUGUCUUCAGGAGGCGGGGCUUCGUGAAGGUGAUUACAUCGUUUCUGUGAACGGCGUCGACACCAAAUGGUCCAAACGGCGAGACGUGGAGGAGCUGCUGCGGCGAGGGGCGGGGCCAGGGGUGGCGGUGGGCGUGGUCACUCUGCACCAGGCCCCCUUCAUACAGGCGCCGCUCCGUCGCUCGACCUCCGACCUGCCUGACUCCACCCACUUGCAGAAGCCCCGCCCCCACGUGCCCCGCCUCCUCAAACCCCGCCUCCUGAGCUGGACACGCCCCAAAAACAAACCCCGCCUCCACACCCCGACCUCCGACCCCUCAGAGCAGCUCUACUGACGGCGACGCGGCGGCUCUGCCCUCCGCCCUCUCACCAGGAGGUUGUGGGUUAGACUCCUCAGUGGCAGAGUGGUUAGCCUGCACCAUGUUUCUGUCUUUUGUGUCAUUUAGUCCAAACUGUGAAUGUUUUGUGUCUAAAGUCAGAUGCCCCGUCAGUCGCUGCUGAUUUCUGUGUUAUAUUCAUGUUUAAUUCAUGUUUUCUUCAUGUUUAAUUCAUGUUUAAUUCAUGUUUUCUUCUUAUUGUUUCUUUAAAUGUUUUUUUAUUAUUGUUUUCAUGUUUUUCUAGUUCCUCGUCGGUUCAGGGAGAGUCUCUGUGUGAAAUCUGAUCAUUUUCUUCAGUUUCAGUUGAAAUAAAAAGCUUAAAUGAA